AUGGGCUCUCCACUAGCAGAGUGUUUACCUUGUUGUGUACGCGGUCUGACCCACCCAUCAGACAAAACAGUGUACACAGUUCUCAUUCAGGCCGGUGAGAGGGAGCUCUUGUUCACUUUUGCUGACCUAGAGUUACCAAGAGCCGAAGGCUCAACUCUACCUGACAGUUUAAAAAGAAGAAAUGUAACUAGCCUUUAUUGUAAAAAAUGUGCUACCACUGGAAAGAUUCUAAAGAAAAAUCCAGCAAAAUAUGCUACCUGGUUUGCUCACCAUCAAGAAAAUGGAUGUACAAUAAACUAUGAUGGGACAUCUGGGAUGAUGGAGUCAGAAGCUGCUGUAAAAAUAUGGCAAAUAUCACUUGCUUUGCUUAACUUCAGAAAUUACUAUUGGAGGAAGAAAACCUGGCAGUCUCACCACAGAAAAAAUCAAAACUCUCAGCAAAUAUUAUGGGGAGCUGUACGCAGUAACAGAACAGCUGAAGAAAUGAAGAAGGCUAUUCUUGCCUCUCUGUACCAUAAUUAUUCCAUAUAAUGACUGCCCUUAGUAUCAGUACUAUCCACCUGGUUCUUCAUCAUGGUGCUUUUAUAAAAGGGAUGUUUCUGAGCACAAAUAUCCAGGUGGUCACGGUAAAAGAAUUCACACAUAUCUAGAUUUUGAAAGACUGCACAAACAUAUAUUUCCUGUAUAUGAACGACUGACUGACCUCAAGAUGUGAACUAAAUGCUAAAUGAAAAUCUCCACCAUGUAAUUUGGUCUUGAUGCAGCAAGGCUAGCUCUCAUAGCAAAUCUAAUGCUCAAUUUGCUACCCUGACAGCCAUUGCGGAAUACAAUUUUGGACCAUCCUAUGCUAGAGCAUUUUACCGAACUGUCAGUGGGCAACAUACAAACAGAUUGUGCUUGCAUUGUGAAAAAAAAAGUUUACGACAUGCACAAAAUUAUCAUGACAAGAGAGAAAACUACUGGAGGCAAAAAAAGAAAUGGGCAGUUUUGAAAGCCCAACAGGAAUACAGAAAAGCGCAGCAUGGAACCCUUGGCUAUGGUGCUGGAUAAUUUUAAAGGAUUUUUAUCAUGAAUAGGAUACAUGUACAUAUUUCACUACCCUGUUUUUGGUUAGUAAUUUUUUUUAUCUAUAUAUUUUAAAAUUCCUAAUUAAUUUCAAAACUACCCUUUUUUUUUUAUAGAAUUAGUCAUAUUGAAGACUUUGGUCGUUUUUCGCGAUUUUUAAAAUAAAAUAAGUUUAUUCAUUUUGUUUAUAAUAACUUCAUUAUUGUAUUGUAUUGUAUUGUUUAUUCACAACAAGCUUAUAAUCAAAUUGCACAUUGGUUUUCGUUUUUAAAUGUAAGGAAAAAAAUAUUAUUUUUAUUCACUUUUUUUUACUCCUUCACUAAUUCUGCAUAGAAUUCAAUCAAACUUGUCCAGCUUAUUACUUAUACCAUGUACAACAACUUCUAGAUUACAUUUUCUAAGUCUGAAUUAAUAUUUUGUCUUAAUUGCAAUAAAAUACUUGAAAAAAUGAAAAAAAGUUAUGUUUUUCUUUAGCAAGGUUAGAAAAAAAUAUUUUUAAAAAGUCUUUACUAUAUUUAGAAACUAAAAUGUAGAAAAUGUUCUGGC